AGGAGAUGAAGAUGAAACACACAGCUACAUCUUCGCGCCACAAGAAGGUCCAUACUGCUUCUUCCAAGAAGUCGUCUGUUUCAUCCACCCUGGUUCAAAAAUCUUCUGUGCCGGCCAAAAACAGCAUUAACGUCGUGAAGAGCAUUUCGCUCUCCGCCGCGGUGGCGAAGAAGAACUACGGCGCUGCUGCGGGAGGGCAACAAUCGGACCUGACCUUCCCCGGGUUCGACGACGAUGACACCAGUCUCCUCUACCAGGACUCUGUGGAAAAUUUCGGGACCUCCACGCACGUGACCAAUAUCAAAUGCAAAUAUGUCUCGGUCUGGAACAGUGGAACUUGUGAUGCGUGUCUUGCAUUCCUGGAAAAUUUUUGUUGCAUGAGCAGCAAGAGAGGGGCUUGUUCCACUUCCUUUGUCAUGCAAAAACGCAAUUUGUGAUGCGUUCUAGGCAUAAGCAGGCGUCCCAAAACUUGUCAUGCUUGGCUGCCAUUGCAAGCGCUUCAAUCAUGCUCAAUUCAGCAUCACAGGUUUUCAGACCCAGACAUUUUUGCACUUGAUAACCAACCACAACGAGCUAGCAUCUCACGCGGCGUCGCCGAUGGCCUUGUGGCGGCACGGACCCUUCCUGCCGACGCCAAUGAUUUUGUAAGAUUUCUUGUUUGAGGAUGAGGUGGGGAUAAGGAUAACAGAAAUGAAGAUGAAAAUCUGUAUAAUUUCACAGACUUGAAGAAAAUAUUUGCCAUGCAUGUAAUGUACGGCAAACUAGCCAUGUGCCUGCAGGGAUAGCCCCGAGGAUUUCAUGGCCGUCGUGAAAAUUAUUUUGAUGAGUAUUACCAGAGUUUGGAUUUUGACUUCGCGUUUCAAUGAACACUUGAUAUGUUUCUUGAACGAUUUUGUCGAAGGUAAAUUUUGGGACAACAUCAAGUUGUGUUUGAGCUUUGUUGAAAUGAAAAACUAAAAGAAAAAUAGAAGCUGAGAGGCAAGUUGUUCUUGUCCAGCACUGCUUGCGUCGUGAAAAUAAACGUCGGCACAGCGACC